AGAUCUCGAGGCGACCGAGUCAGGAAAUGUUGGUCGGGUUUCGGACGCACAUCUGAAGUCGGCCCGAGAGCUUGGGGAAAACCGGUUUGCGACAAUGUUAAAGGACCCUGUAUUCCAGUUUGGGGUGUUUUACGCCUUAUUGUGUCAAUGUGCCUUUGGUUUGGUUCCUCCUGCAACAAACGUCAGUGUUGUUUGUCACAACUUUGUGAAUGUGCUUUACUGGAACUACAGUAAUCCCGCUGAACAGCUGAGGUUCAGCGUACUGGUCAAACCUUAUGAAAGUGAUCGCCGGACCGUCGACACGUCCCAGAUAUUCCUUGAUAUCAGCAACUACAGCCACGAUGCGGCCGAUGAUUAUGUUGUGGAUGUGACGGCACAUGUUGGACAAGAGAAAUCUGAAAGUGCCUCCAUUAGAUUCACAUACAGCAAAGACUAUUAUGAUGAGAAAAAGCAUACAUAUAAAUGCUCUUUGGACUUCCCAGCUGUAAACAUUUCUGUCCACAAAGAUGUGAUUAAAGUGUCUUUUUGGCACCCUUACUUAUUUUAUGAGCAGGAUACUCUGAACGAGGAAUUCAAGUACACAGUCACACAUGAUCAGGAAACGUUUUCAGACUACUGUUUGGGGGAAGAUGAACAGUGCAUUGCAGAUAUCCACUUUAACCAAAGCGUGGCCGGACAGUGUGUGGAGCUGAGGUUUGAAGGGAAGAUCUCUGCUAUUCCUACACACACCUCCAGACACGUCUGUGUCCCUCGGCUGACGCCCCACACCGACCACACAGGAUUAAUAUUGGCUUUGCUGGGAGGAGGGUUCGUGUUGCUCUGCAUUAUCGCAGGCGUUGUGUGGGUCAUCUCCAAGAAGUGGUCCAAAAUCCCCAAACUUCCUGAAGCUUUGCGGAGCUUUAUUUCCAGCCAAACUCCUACAGUGCUCCUUCCCCAACCCGAGUGCUCCACCAUUUCUCCAACGGCAUCUGAUGGACACAAACCACUCCUGAAUGAAGUCAGCUAUGGCUCUUGCCCCAUUUCUGUAGAUGAGAAAGACUGCGAAACAACCACUGACCUUGCUAACACAGAAGAAGGGGAUGACCCUGAGGUUCCUGAAGAGGAUGAUGAAGACUUUACAGGCUUCGGCCUGUCGUCUGACUAUAACAGUCCCAAAUGCCUGUAUGAAAUGAGUCCUGAGGACUUCGCUGAGGGUUACGGCUCACGGCCGCCGAUUCUUUAGGCCUGAACGUGUGUAAGAAUAACACAGAGAGGUGAUCUGCUCACACCAAGUCAUUUGAUGAAAUCAUUAUAUGGUCCAUUAGCAAUUUCACACACAGCCAUCCAGCCGGAUCAGGUUGUGUUUACUGUAAGGAGAAGCAGUGAUAAAACUACAUCACUCCUGUUAAAACCAUCCAAGCUGUGUG